AUGGGAGAUCCUUAUCCAUCCUUAGGAAUUCUUAGUCUGGAGUACCCGUCGACUGGUAGUUUACCAAGCUUGGAAAAAAUGGAAUCUUCUCAAAUCUUCGACAAAUUUUAUGCUAAAGAUCUGGAUCCUCCAUCACAAGUUUCAAGACCAACUUUUGACUUGGGUUUAGGACCAAGUGAUCAAAAUGGAGAAGAGGUGCAGCAGCCUGCAAUUGAUCUAGGUGCACCUGAUCCACCUCAAAUCCAUCUUGCAGCUGCGCCUGCGCAUAAUGAAGCUCCAGCUGCUAGAGGAGCAUCAGAUCAAGCUCAAACGGAUCCCUCGGAUGAGCAAGCUCAAAUCGAUACCGCACCUACACUUUAUGAAGCCUCUGCAAUUGUUUUAGCUGCAGCUGAAAAAACUCGUUUGAAAGCUGAUCUUCAGCAACCUCAACAAGAAGGAAUAAGGAAACCUUGGGAUCCCAUUCCAUUCAAUGAAGUAGAAAGGAAGAAGAAAAUGAAGAAUGACAGAAAGCAACAGCCUACUAAAAAAUUAGAGAGUCUUAAGUAUCCAGUUUUAGAUGCUGAAAAGGCAGAGGAAGCUCGACUGAAGAAGAAUAUGAGCGCCGAAAAAGCUAAAGCAUAUGCUGAGACUCUCCAACUUCUUUCUGAGCUACAGAAGGAUAACGAACCUGGAGUUAGUCAAACAUCAGAGGAAGAUGACGUAACACUUGCCAAGAGACUCGAAGAUAGGAUGGCUACAAAGAGUAAUGAAGUCAAACCAAUAGCGAAGUCGACCACGUCAGUCAUGGACAAGGAGAAAAAAAAGACGACUAUCUCAGCCAAGGAGAAGAAACUUACUCCAAAAAUCACAUACACCCCUCAGAAGCCAGUAACUCGGAGCCACCCGCAGAAAAGAGUUGAUCCUGAGUUUGCUAGUGGCAAAGGACUGUCGGGACAUAAAAGGCGAAAAACAAAGUCCAGAACUGAAAACCCAGUUGGAAAAGAUUGCCCAACAGAGAAAGUUCAGAAAAAGGAUAGCGAGAAUGUGAGAAAGAGAAAAGCUAAAGGUGAUCCAAAUCUGCAAGAACUUACUAAAAAAGUGAAGAAUGCACGCAACAACAGUGCUUGGAAAUCUCCUGCUGUGAUUGGUCAUCACAUAUUAUCUGCAGAGACCUUUGAAGAUCUGCUACAUAACAAGGCUUUAGAGGGAGAUCUUAUAAAUUACUGGCAAUACCAACUGAAAAAAGCAUAUCAUAAUGAGCAACCAGUGAAUGGACAGAGAAAGUACAUUCCAGUACUCCACAUUGAUCCAACAGGCUGGUUUUAUUUAAGUGACCCAGUACAUCAAGUAGCAGCAAACACUGCUGUAUUCUUACCCAUCAGGAAUAUGGAGGAAGGAACCAGGAAGAUUAUUAUUCCAAUGUCACACCAAAACGUGCAUUGGACGCUUCUUGUGUAUGAAUGCGAGAAAGGCGAAUUCUUCUACUACAACACUUGGGAAGCUGUAUCCAAAAAUGAGUGUCUCGAUAAUGCUAAUCUUAUGGAAGAAUACUGCUUGUUAGCAAUUAAUGAACGCUUGUCGAGCCUGCGCCUUCCACUUGUAAGCAGAGUAAAGAUGAUUAGUUACCCAACACCUCAACAGGGAGACUAUCCAGAUUGUGCAAUAUAUAUCAUGCACAUCAUGAAGAAAGUUGCAAAGGAGGAAGUAAUUGAUGGAGUGCGAAUGAGCUUGGGAGACCCAGAAGAACUAAAGGACAAAAUACAUAAGAAGAGGAUCUCUUUAGCAUGCAAAAUACUCUCAGCAACAUCUCCUCCUGAGGAGAGCUGGAAUAUUCAUGCUCCAAAAGGUUUUUAAGACAGUGCUUAUAUGAAUU